AUGUUUCAUUCGAUGCUCCUGAUCGAAAUAUCCCGACUCAAUAGCAAGGUUGACUCGCUAGCCAACCAAAUUGCUACGGGGUCCACCAUCGCCCCUGCACCCGCGCCAACGCCAGCACCGGGAGCACAGGAAGGGCAGGAUGUAGUAACGUCAUCUGCUGCUGACGAUACGACGCACAAGAAGUGGAAGGCUAGCAGGAAGCUGGUGGGUUUGAUCAACCCCAUGGCCCUUAAAUUCCUAUGGUCUGCAGAGCUGGAGGCAUACACUGCGAUUAGCAACAAACGCGAAGGUUAUCACCCAAAGUCAUUGUUUAAUAUGAUCAAGAAAACACUCGCUGGGGAAACUGCGGCGUUUAAGGCCCAGCACCUCCCUCCCCAACGCAAAGGAGUCGAGCACGCAGCCAAUACGACAGCGUAUGCUUCAGCCCUCCGAGACGCCGGCAAACAAGGGCGAGAGAAGCUACACAACGUGCUUUUGGUAGGUAUACAUGACCCUAAAUCGAAGGAGAUUGUGGGCACGCCCGUUCCCUCAAUCAAAGACAUGGUCAAACGAGUGGCUAUCAGAUGUGGUGUAGCUGACACAUCGGCCGAGGAGGAAGCGGUGUGGAAAGCUACCAAUCAUGAGACUAGGGCACGAGUAGCCUACAUGCGUCGGGAAGCCGCACGGGUGAUCUGCAAAGGCCACAAAGGAAAUGAAUCCGUUUGGGCCAAUAUUGAUCACCAGCUUUCAAUACUGCGAUCGAAGCGGGAUGAAAACUAUGCUGCAGCGUUUUAUGACCUUGUCUUUGAGGAGGAUAAACAGUAUUUCACCGGCAAGACCUGGUUCAAAACCAUCAAAGCCAAUCAGCUCGCUCAGAAUAAGGCCCUGGACUUGCCUUCCGAAGAGGCCAUCAUGGCACGUAUGGCGCUAGAGGACGCCCGGCGUGUGAGUGGUCCUGGAACCAGCAACGGCGGCAACCAAGGAACAACAAGUGCUUAA